AUGAGCAACCACCGAUCUAAUGUUAAAAAGUUGGAUGAGCUUAAAACCAACAUGCAUGUUAACAGCUCAUCCACCACUGCCGAACUGGAGCGCCUGAAAGAGAAAACUGCACUACUCCAACACAGCAUCGAACACGAUCACUCGUUCGCACUGGAUAAGGUUCAUAUCUUGGAUGAACAUCGACGGACUGCAGCGCUGAAUGUGCUGGAAAUGUGCCACAUUAUCACGACCGAUCAUACGGCCCCAAAGGGCAUCAACGGAGAAUCGCGUUCUUUAUGGUUUAUCGGGUUGGAAUUCAACAAAUCCUUUAAUUUGAACGUAGACUUGACCCAGACCAUUCUAAGUUUCACCGAUGCAGCAUACAAACGAGCCAGGCGGAUAAUGCUUCUUAAGGUUGAUAUGUACGUCGAAGUUCGACAUAUCCGACGGAAGCAAUUGAGUCAAUAUGUGGAUGCAAACCUGCUGAAGUUAGACAGGAACAAUAACAACUCGGGUGAGGAACUCGUCGUGAAUACAUCGUCUACACAGGAUACUGCGACCAGGAAGCGCCCUUCGUCAGAGAUAGGAGACACGGCCACAGCGAUGAUAGACAAGAAACCAAAGAAGGAAACCAGAGAAGGAUUGAGUAAUCCAGAGCUAUGGGAUUUACUAGAGUUUGACUUAUAG